GCCUCUUCAGAGUGUGCCAGGGGUCUAACUGCAGCCGAGAUGCCUCAGACGAUCAAGUUGGCUAGCAAGGUUUCUCUGCUGGCGAGAUGCUUUCCCGAGAUGUGGGCAGAACCUGCCUUGAAAUCUCAGCCCAAAGUUCUCCAAACUCGUAAGACCCUGGCGGAGAUGCCGGGGCCCAGUACUCUGAGCUUCCUUACUGACCUAUUCUGUAAAAAAGGGCUGUCCAGACUGCAUGAACUGCAGAUUGAAAGCAAAGCCAAGUACGGCCCCAUAUGGAAAGCCAGCUUUGGGCCGAUCCUCACGGUCAACGUGGCCGAUCCUAGCCUGAUUGAGCAGGUCUUAAGGCAGGAAGGCAAGCACCCCAUCCGCUCGGACCUCUCUUCCUGGAAGGAUUACAGGGUGUCCCGAGGCCACUCGUAUGGGCUGCUGACUGCGGAAGGUGAAGAGUGGCAGAAAAUCCGCAGCAUCCUCGGAAAGCACAUGUUGAAGCCUAAAGAGGUAGAGUCCUACACGGGCACUCUGAACGAUGUGGUCAGUGAUCUCAUUGGCCGGCUGGAGCACCAGCGGAAUCUUCACGAGCAGCGCGUUGUCAAAGACGUGGCGGGCGAGUUCUACAAGUUUGGAUUAGAAGGCAUCUCCUCCGUCCUCUUUGAGUCCCGCAUCGGCUGCCUGGAGCCCAAAGUGCCAAAGGAGACGGAGACUUUCAUUAGCUCCAUCAACACCAUGUUUGUCAUGACCCUUCUCACCAUGGCAAUGCCCAAAAUCUUGCACCGCAUCUUUCCUAAGCCGUGGCAGAAGUUCUGUGAGUCCUGGGACUAUAUGUUUGCAUUUGCCAAGGGACACAUUGACAAGCGGAUGGCUGAGAUUUCAGAGAGAAUCUCGCGUGGGGAGAAGGUGGAAGGAAAAUACCUGACUUACUACCUGGCACAGGAGAAAUUGUCCAUGAAAUCCAUCUAUGGAAAUGUGACUGAGCUUCUGCUGGCUGGUGUGGACACAAUCUCAAGCACUUUGUCCUGGAGCCUGUACGAGUUGUCCCGGCACCCCCAGGUGCAGGCAGCCCUCUACAAGGAAAUUACAGCAACCGUGAAGGACAACUCCAUCCCAACAGCUGCUGAUGUAGCCAAAAUGCCCCUGUUGAAAGCUGUGAUGAAAGAAACACUGAGGUUGUACCCAGUGAUUCCCAGCAAUGCUCGCGUCAUCUCGGACAGGGAUAUCCAAGUGGGAGACUAUCUUAUCCCCAAAAAAACCCUGAUCAGCCUUUGUCAAUACGCCACCUCUCGCGACGAGAAGUACUUCUCCAAUCCCAACUCCUUCCAGCCGGAGCGAUGGCUGCACAAGGAGGACUCGCAUCACCCCUAUGCCUCCAUCCCCUUUGGCUUUGGCAAGCGCAGCUGUGUGGGCCGGCGCAUUGCAGAGCUGGAGGUGUAUCUGGCUCUGGCUAGGAUUCUGAUGCAUUUUGAAGUGAAGCCGGCGCAAGAAGGACAUGCUGUGAAACCCAUGACACGCACCCUCUUGGUACCUGAGACGGAGAUCAGUCUCCAGUUUCUGAACCGCUAACAGAAGCUUGAUGCCGAACCACUGGCUCAAUUUUCCACAACAAGGCAAAAAAGAGCAUGAGGCCAAGAAGGGAAUCUACUUGCAGGCUGGGGUGAAAAUGAUCUUCCGAAAGUCUUAGCUGGGGGUGCAGAAUCUGUGAACAGGGGGAAGAGAGUACGGUCUUGUUCCACUGACUCAAGGUUGCCUGUAACAUGUUACACUUUGAUAGGCCUUAAAAUCUAGUUCUGGGAGCUGGUUUGCUAAAGAGGACUUCUCCAGUGCCAGAGUUUUUCACUGCAGAGUUCUCACAUACCCCAGAACUGUAAGAGCAAUGCUGGGAAGGGCAGGAUGUUUUGAGCACUUGAUCUUAUUCGCUCUCUUUGAUGGUUCCCAGGACUUUCCAAAACCAGAUUCAAGACUGAGCAAAAAGAGGCACCACAGGCAAUUGUGUGCACUUGUAUACUGCACUGAAACUGUAAAUGUGAUAGCCAGUGUGAGUUCAUUCAUACAUGGUCAGCGUUCCAUCAGGUCAAGUGAAAUCUUCUUUGAUGGAGGCAAUCCGCUCUUUUAACUGUGAGUUAGCGAAUGGCAUGUUGCGGGGAUCUCCAAUGAGGUGCCUGCCAAUGUGUUUUCUAGUCCCCAGUUGGUUUCCCCCCCCCCAAAUACCUCUUUUUCUGAAGCAAAGAGCUAAUCCCAGUUUUCUUCCACCUCUUUGGAGCAGAAGGUGCUUCAGAAGACCUCAGGCAGAAUCAGCUUUGGGUCUGCAGGGAGCACUUAUGUGGAAACAACUGUCCUCAUUGUAGGAGGAUGCUGAAUUUGAAACUUCCCACCAUUUUGUAAUUCCCUCCUAUGUCGGCCAUUUUGUGAUUGGCCUUGCUUUCCAAGGUGGCCAUUUUGUGGUGGUAUCCAUUCCCCUUUCUCAAAAAUUCCAAAAGUGCCAACGGGUUUCAUAAAGUUGAAGACUAGGGGUGCCAAUUGGUUCCUCUAGCCAUACCUUUAAUACCAGUUUGAUCUACAAAGCAAUUAUCUGCUGAUGUGAUUUACUUCCAUUUCAUGAAAAGUUUCAAGUCCCCAUUUCUACACAUUAAAUCUCCAUUGAAGGACAGGACAUUCCACCACCACCACCACCCCCGGCCUGGUCGCUUGGCAAUCCUACUGAGUACUCCUAGCGUGUUAGAGACAACCUUACAUGAAUGUUGACAUGUAAUCUGUGAUUAUUAUUUUGUUGGUAGAGCCCUCCUCAUUUGCUUUAUGCAGGGGGGGGGAAACCAACAUGUCUAGAAGUCUUGCAUAUCCUCUUUCGGGUUUAGAGACCAUGGUAAAAUACCACACUCCCUUUCCAAUCUUGUGGUUGAAACAAGAAGUGGCUUAGCAUCUGGGCUCUUACUUCAUAUGACAAAGAUCUCUGAUUCAGUCCUAGGCAACUCCAGCUAAGGUUAUCUACUAACAGAUAAUGGUAGAGAUCUUUCUGUACUUGAGUACAAUUAUUUCCCAUCAAAGCAAAGACAAAACAGAACUAGUGAAUGGUCUGACGGUAUAAGGGAUCUUCAUAUAUUAAAAAACAGUAACAGCUGAUACAAAGUUGAGAAUGUGAUUAGACGUAUCCUGUGUGAGAAUGUGCAAUUGCUCUGUUUUAUACAUAGUUGCCAAGUUUUUUUAUUAAUAUUAUGCUAAUAAUCAUUCAUAUUUAAUACAUAUUUAUAUUUCUCUAGCCUAUAAUUUAUAAAAGUUCUUCCUGUUAAAAUGAUUAUUUUUUUCAAAGAACAUUACUUUUUCUGUUUUUGAAACAGCUGCUGUAAUCAAAAACGUUCACUUACCACUGUUUCUUUGGUGCUAUGUUUAAAUGUUAUUUAUU